AUGUCUCCCAACAACAACCAAGUUCCUUUCAAAGGUUACGCCGUGACCAACCCCAAGGCUUGGAGCGAUUUCGAUGUGAUCACCUUCAAACCUAAGAACUUCGAGGACACCGACGUUGAGAUCGCCAUCACCCACUGCGGUGUAUGCGGUUCUGAUCUCCACACUAUCACCUCUGGAUGGGGGGAUAUCGAACCACCUCUCAUAGUUGGCCACGAGAUUAUCGGAAAGGCUACUAGAGUUGGCAAGGCGGUUGAAGGAAUCAAAGUGGGAGACCGGGUUGGAGUUGGCGCGCAGAUCGGCUCUUGCAUGGACUGUGAGGCGUGCAAGACCAACAACGAGCAAUAUUGUCCCAAAGGGAUUGAUACCUAUAAUGCGGAAUAUCCGGAUGGGGUGAAGACCAUGGGCGGAUACUCUACUGCCAUCCGAGCCGAUGAGCGAUUCGUUUUCCCCAUCCCCGAAGCUAUCGAGUCCAAAUACGCAGCAUCCAUGCUCUGUGCUGGGUUAACCGUCUACUCCCCUCUCAUUCGCAACGGAUGCGGUGCGGGAAAGAAGGUCGGCAUCGUUGGCAUUGGAGGUCUGGGUCAUUAUGCGAUCUUGUUCGCGAAGGCGCUCGCAGCCGAAGUAUACGCCUUUACUCACAGCGACAACAAGUCUGACGAGAUCAAGAAAAUGGGUGCGGAUCAUGUGGUUUUGACGGACAAGGAUGGGGAAUUUGCUAAGCCUCUCGUCCAGAAGCUCCAUCUUAUCAUCUCGACUCGUGAUGUUGCGGAGGACUUUCCUAUUGUCCCUUAUCUCUCGAUGCUCUGGGUCCAAGGUCGCCUCAUUCAGGUCGGCCUCCCUGACCACCCGUUCCCUCCUAUUCCUGGAUUUGCCUUCACUAGCAAUGGGUCGUUAUUCGGUGGAAGCAAGAUUGGUUCGAAGAAAGAAGUCUUGGAUAUGCUGAAGCUCGCCGUGGACAAGUCGAUCAAGCCGUGGAUCGAAGAACUUCCGAUGAGCAAAGCUCGUGAGGCAGUGGAAAGACUGAAGAAAAAUGACGUAAGGUAUCGUUUUGUGCUGACGCAGGACUUGUUGUGA